AUGCCUUAUUCCACCGGUUCAAACGACUCAGGCUAUUGCUGUGUGCGAAAAUCAAAAUAUGAAGCAGAUACAUCCACAACCACGAGUUCCGACCGUGCAACAAGUAGCAUCACCGAUGAGGAUGAGCCAGUACGAUGUGCUCCACGUCGUGGAGGUGGCCAAUUUACUCGGGCCGCACGCGGCAAAUCGCGGCGACUUCGAAAGAAGGCCAUCCCGCACAGCGAUACGAGUUCGCGAUCGAGUUGCUCUAGCAGUGAGGUGAAUUCAUUGACUGGCGAGGAGGAAAGAAGACAUACAUUGUCGCGUGAGGAUAUCGUCAAGAAGGUCUACAUGUACUUUCAGUCGUUGCUAGUGAAUAUAAGAAGGCAGCAGAAGUUUUUUGAACAAAUUGGUGGUUUGAUGGCAGACGCCGAUGCUCGCUGGGGAGCUGGUGGACUGCGAAAAGGUUGGAUUGACCCCGCUGGCUGUUUUGCACCGUAUGGGUUUGGCGACCCAACAAAACCAAGCGCUUUUCCUGGCUGCUGGGCUGUACCACAUCCAGCAGUGCAUUUGGCGCUGCUCUCGUCGAAUCUUCGCGAUUAUUUGGAUUUUUUGUCUUGGUAG